GUUUUCAGAAGGUUAUCAGCCUCUUCUUUUAACAUGGUUCGUAUAGUCAUAUCAAGCAAAUAAUCAUAAUCUGGUUACUCAAACACAAGUCUUAUAAUGCGUUAGAAGAAUAUUCAUUAUUAAAUGAAUGAGCUCAGAUUUUCUUCAGUAUUCAAUCAUUCAAUCAAUUAGAGUUUAAACAAAUUGAAAUGACGCGCCAUACUCUUAAUGCAAAUAAAAAUCUACUACAUAUCCAAGACUUAGAAUCUUAUCGGAUAUUUUGGUACGAAAACCUGAAAAAUUGGUUUUCAAAUUGCAAUUGAAUAUUGUACAAAAAAUUCGUGAUUGCUUACCACUGGAAUAAAAUUAAUUAUAAAUUGUUUUUAGAUUAUUUUAUAUCAUUUGUUGAACGAUUAAUAUUUGAACUUUUCGAUGUUUCCAUUAUUGGCUUGAUUUUUGAUCUUUUUAGUGUGAAACUGAAAUUAGAUUUGAACUUCACGAAUGCCUAUAUUCUUGGCACGCUCUCUGAGAUUAAUAAAUAAUUCAAGAAGGAUUGACGCAAGAGGAGUGAAUUCCAAAAAGUAAUUCAUAGAAAUAGUGCUUCAUCUUAGGUAACUGAAAACAUCAAAUUAAACAACGAGAAAGUAAUAGCAUCAACAUGAUAGCGCCAAAAAAACAUCAAAUUAAGUACAAAUACCCGCCUGCAAAUAGAACAACUGUAUGUAAUAUCGCAAGAGCUUGUCUUCAUCAUCCAAAAUUUUACUACCAAGUGUUACAUUUAAUGAACAAAAUGAAUUUGAUGCCUCCAUUUGAUGAAAUUCCCUCUCAAUUCCAAGACAACCUCGAAGAAAUGGUUGUCAAACCUAUUAGCUCAGAUGAAAGUGAAAUUGAAUCUGAAAAUUAUGUGGCUAAUACAGAUUGGUCCGGGAAAAGUUUUAAACGGCGAGUUAAAAAGUUGAAAACAGGAAUUCUGGGAGAAGUGAAGAAAAAACAACCAACGGAUCAGGAAUUUAAACCAAGCUCAACGCAUAACGAAGGAGAUGAAAAUAUAUUUGAACAUAACCAAUUGAUGCCGAUUUCCAUAAAAAUAAAUAUUAAUUCAGAAUUAUUGCCUUCUCAAAAAGUUGAAGAAACCAGUGAAUUGUCUUCUGGUUUUGGUCAGAUUUCUUCAAAAUGUAAUCAGAAUGAUAUGGAGAAUGACGAGGAAUCAGAUGAUUGGAUCAAUGAUCUUGCAACAACUGAUGAGAUAAAACAAAACCGUCUUCCUCCAGAAGAGCUUGUCAAUGUUCCAGCUUAUAAAGACUAUGCACCAGGUCCUCCUAGUUGUAGAUUAUAUUUGAAGAAUCUAGGAAAAAGAGUAACAGAUCACGAUCUUAAGCGUGUCUAUGGACGUUAUAUCAAUUUAGAAGACGAAUCUGAAAAAAAUAUGUUUCAUGUUCAAGUAUUCAAAACAGGCCGGUUUCGGAAUCAAGCUUUUAUUAGUUUACCAAAUGAAGAUGCAGCAAAUUCGGCCCUUCAAGAAACAAAUGGCUAUUUAAUCGACGGUAAACCCAUAAUUGUGAGUUACGCUCGUUCAAUCAAAGCUAGUCCAAUGGUGACCAACUCAAGUUGAUAAUCUACUUGGUGUCCAGUCCAAAUCGUUCAAUGCACUCACAGACAGAGGCCACGAACAUCAAAGAAGUGAAUUUCUUAAUGAUAAUUACUUACACAUCGUGAUGAAGCUUACAUCCAUUGCGUCAGAGGAUUUUCUAGAAUAAUGCAGUUUUUUCAUCUCGAUUUCAAUCCAUGGCAAAUCUGGCUGUAGGCUAUGUAAAGCUGAAGCUAAAGCUAGAGUAAAGAGAAUGCGAAAAAACAACAAAAAAUACAAUUAGUGUUUUCCCAGUCAUAAUUAUUAAGAAAUAAUUGAUAAAUCGUUAUCCUUGACUAAAAUUUUUUAAAAGGGGUAACCUGUAGGUGUGACCGGCUGAGAAAAGGCUAAGAGAUUUACGUUACCAUUGUGAUGUUUUAACGUACAUGUUAACGUACACGAUGUUUUAAUGUAUUAUUACGUAUGACAUGAUUUACAAUCGAGAUGUUUAACUGGGAUCUUUCGAUCAUUCAGAUCUUUGUUUUAUACUUGAAAUUUUGAUCAGAGUUUAAUAAAUCCAGCUUUUUCAAUAAACUUGUUCAGAUCUCUUUA